AGAGAUAUUUGGCAGAUAGAGAAAAGCCCCACAAAACACCCUCAGCCUUUUUCUUCAUCAUCACUCAAAGUCUCAAACUCAAACUCAAACUCAAACUAUAGCCCUCUAUACAUUUCAGUCCCAAACUGAAAGUCUUUUUAAUAAUUUGGCCAAACUUCUUUACUCACUUGUAGUAGUAGUAGUCAUGAGUCCAGAAAGAAAUCCCCUUGACCUCAACAACUUACCUGAAGACUUUUGUAGAGAUGGUAAACAAGUUCUUGAAGGUAGCUCUUCAUCUUCUGGAGGAGGGUAUAGAAAAAAGAAAAGCGGCGUUAAAGAAGAUUGUGGUAAAGUGUAUGAGUGUAGGUUUUGUUCCCUCAAGUUCUGUAAAUCUCAAGCACUUGGGGGACACAUGAACCGCCACCGCCAAGAGAGGGAGACAGAAACACUAAAUCGAGCUCGUCAACUCGUCUUCAAUAACGAUAACCUAAUCCCUCCUCAUCACCUAAGUUGUCCUCCAAUUCCUCAUGGAGGAGGUUAUCACCAAUCAACAAACAUAGGUGAUCAACCACUCUCAUCAUAUAGGCCGCCACCACCACCACCACUUUAUCCAACAACAAGGUUAUUUUCAGGCAACUCCACCACCACCCUUUUGCCACCACCACUACCACAACCACCACACCAACCGUCAUACAUGUAUGCUUCUCCACCGCGUAUGGUUUCAUUCUCAUCUCAUCAGUAUCCGCCUCAAACAAAUGACUACUUCCUAGGCCACGUCUUGUCAGGAUCUAACACACACUCGACAAGUACUCCCAAUAACUUCAUGGGAUCAUCAGCUAUGGCGCCUGAUCAUGUUAACAACAAUAAUAAUAAUAAUAAUAAUUACACUUGCAUUGGUGCACCAAUAGGGCAUGGACUUGGACUUGGCAAUAAUGGAAGUAGCUCUGGUGGGAAACAACAACAUUUGGAUCGGUUUCAAGAUGGAUUUUAGUAGUUUUUUUUUUCAUUUUACAAUUAUUUACUUUAUGUCCUUGUGCUAUGUUUAACUUUUUUUUUUUAACUUUCUAAGUAAUGAGGGACUAACAGAGUUUUAGUCUUAAUUAUCUUUUAAUGUAGAGUUAUAAUUAAAGUUUUGUACACUGACCGCGUAAAGAGAUUUUACACUAUGAUCAGUGUAAUUUAAAUGUUUAUAGCAGGCUAUCACUCUAUCUGUCAUGACUUAAUAUGAAGAGUUACCUUCUUCUU